GCGUCGCUAACACACGCGCUGUUGUUGUGAUUGACGGUUCGUGUCGGAGUCGUGUUAAACUUUUCGUCCGUCACCGUCACUAAGAUGUGACCGACUAAAUAAUAAUGUCCGAGAUACUUUUGAAGGAAAUGGACAAUUUGUCGACCGAGUCAAAGAAGCCGGAGGAGCUUCCAGGCGGCGCCCGGAGCUUCCUGUUGGUGGAUGAACAAGAAAAGCUACAGGUCCGUGAUGAGUCUGACUUUGUGGACAGACUCAGGUGUGGGGAUGUUGCAGGUGUCAAAGUCCUUUCCAUCUUUGGUAACACUGGAGAUGGUAAGUCCCACACCCUCAAUCACAUUCUGUUCGGGGGUGAGAGUGUGUUCUUCACCUCAAAGUCCCCCAGCUCAUGUACAGUGGGAGUAUGGGCUGCGUAUAACCCCACUCUCAGACUGGUCGCCCUGGACACUGAAGGUCUUUUGGGAGCUGCAGCGAAUCAGAACCAGAGAAUGCGCCUGCUGUUGAAGGUAUUAGCAGUGUCUGAUAUUGUCAUCUAUCGGACUCGAGCUGAACGCCUCCACAACGACAUGUUCCAUUUCCUGAGUAGCGCCUCUGGGGCUUACCUGAAGCAUUUCACCCCGGAGCUCAGGGCCCUCUCUAGCCGCUGUGGUCUGGAUGUACCUCUGUCUUCUCUGGGGCCCGCUGUAAUCAUCUUCCAAGAGACAACACACACUCAGUUGCUGGGUCACGACUCUGUGUUGGCAGGCCAUGCCGACACGCUACUCAAGAAGCGUUUUCAUGACCUGGGUUUGGGGAUGGAGGCCUUCAGCUCAGUUCAGUACAUAGGCACUCAGACCAUCACACCUCCCACGAACUACAACACCCUGCUGGAGGCCGUUAGCCAACAAGUAAAAAACACUCACACACGCUCACCCCGACAGCCUGGGAUAGUGUUUCAAGCACUGGAAGCUCUGAGUGAGCGUUUCUGUGGGGAACUGUCUGACAGUGACAUGACCCUGCACUCCUUCUUCCCUGAUGAGUACUUCACCUGCUCUGCUCUCUGCCUCAGCUGCAAUGUUCGCUGUAAAAAUGGAAUGAACCAUCUGAGAGACAGGGUCCCUCACAUGGCAGAUGGACUCUGCCAGUUUGCUCAUCAGUACAACAACAAGGUCCUCAUCUGUAAACGAUGCUAUGAAGGAGGCAGAGAGGUGAUAGUUGUGCCCAAGACAUCGGCUUCCAGUGACAACCCAUGGUUUGGGCUGGCCAAAUAUGCCUGGUCAGGCUAUGUGUUGGAGUGUGCGAGUUGUGGCGUCAUCUACCGCAGCAGACAGUACUGGAUGGGAAACCAGGACCCGGAGAGCAAUGUGGUGCGAUCUGAGGUCAAGCAUGUCUGGGAGGGCUCGGACAUGUACCUGGCCAACCACCAGAAUGCUGCCCAGAGGAUCCUGGACGGGAUGAACUACGUUAUUCAGUCAGUGUCAGAGUACAGCACUGGCCCCACCAAAGCGGUCACUGCUUGGCUCACUGACCAGGUGGCUCCGCCCUACUGGAGACCCAACGUAGAGAUCACUGCCUGUCAUGGCUGUCAGAAGGUGUUUGAGGAGGGAGAGAGGAAACACCAUUGUCGAGCCUGUGGAGAGGGUUUCUGCCACCCGUGCUCCAGCCACAGGAUGCCGGUCCCAGAGCGGGGUUGGGGUAGUGGACCUGUCAGGGUGUGUAAAGCCUGCUACCGCCAGGGAGGCCCAGCUGACAGUGGCAGUCAGAUGUGUAAGGUGGAGCCUCGUGGUCUAAUAGCUCGCCGGGUGACGGAGGUGGCUCAGACCACACUGGACUUAGUGACCACAGCUGCAGACUAUCCUAUCUGUUUCGUGAAAGAAGUGGCUCGACCAGACUACUGGGUGCCAGACCAUGAUAUCACUCAGUGUCACCAGUGCUCCAAAACCUUCACUCCAGUCAUGUCCAAGCACCACUGCAGGGCGUGUGGACAGGGUGUGUGCGGCGCCUGCUCCACACACAUCAGGCCUGUGCCUUCCCGAGGCUGGGACCAUCCCGUCAGAGUGUGUGACGGCUGCCACGCCCGCACAGAUGCUCUGUGAUCAUGACAUCACAUGACUUCUCAAAAGCUGCACUAAGUCUUCCUGUGAUGACGAACCCAAACUGUGAGUUCAGGCACUGCUGCUCCAAGGAAGUGAGGAGGAUGGUACAGUACAGAGGACAGUAAUAAUAGAGCUGAACGUAAUCAAGUUACCAACAUGUUUUCAAGUGACGGGCACACUGCUUCCAUCAUCCGUCCUUAUCAUGACAGCAGAGCUAUCACAGUAAUCACACACAUAUGCAACAGCAUAGACAUUGCAGUCGCCUCCAUGCAGUUAAUAUAAACUCCUCUCAAUUUCCCUAAUGCACUGUUCCACGGCCAUGUGUGCUGUGAAAGGCUGUUAAUACUGGAUAUAAAAUAAAAAAGUCAAAGUGUUCCAGAGCAUGUUUGUGCUCAUUAAACAGUCAAAUCAUCAUCAAUGACAGAGACUUGUGGAAUCUCAGCCUCACGAGCUGCUUUGACGUUGUCACUCCCCAGUGGAUCGUCUGCCCCUCGUUUCCUCUUCAUGUCCUCCUUCACAACACGCGUGCACAUUUUCAUUUCCCUCUGCAGCGGUCGGUGAAUCGUUGUUGUGAAACACAAAUAGUUUUGCAGUAACUGCUUCAGUCCUUGUUCAGAGACUUCAUUCCUCUUUGUUGUCGUUUGUUGUCGUCGUCCUUCGUUCAUUUGCUUUUUCGCAGCAGUGCAGCAGACUCCAUGUUCUUCAUCUGUACAGUUACUUUAAAAGAGAUGCAUUGGGAAUCGUGGGAAGCUUCAGAAUGAUUGUUGAACACUUUCCAUCACAACCUAACAUUCAACUCUCUGCAGACUUUUUAGAGUUGAGGUUGCACGGACUCCUCUACUGAAGCGUUCCAACCAAAGUGAAAGCUUGUGUCUGUAUCACUCAGGGCUACAGCUGUGUGUGUGUGUGUGUGUGUGUGUGUGUGCGUGCGUGCGCGUG